UGCUUCUUGUUCUUGCACGGGCUAGGGAAGGUUUUCGAAAGUGGGAGCAGAAUUGAACAAGCUGAUUUUAAGCAAGAUGUGCAAAGGAAACACAACAAUGCCUAGUUCUAGCCUGGGUUGGGAGUUACAGAGCUCAAAAGCACCGAACAGUAUGAAGAUUGUAUUGUUCGCAGACUUUGUAUCCAGCAACCCCGGCCUUAACCAAGCUCAGUAUGUUCUGAAACAGCUUUGCAACGAAGGACAUCAAAUAACACUAUUUGAAUGUGCCAAUGUUAGUGUGCCAUUGCUGAUGUAUGAAGACACACAAGCUUGCUUGUGCCAAAUAUACGAAGAGCCCCUGAAAGUGUUAGAAAGGAAAGUUGCUGAGGCAGAUGCCUUUCUUCUGGUGACAGACAAACCUGGAUUUCAGAUCCCACCUUCACUUGCAACAGUGAAACACCACUUUAAAGGAAGCAAAUGCACAUGGAGACCGUAUGGAGUACAGUGUGUUCUUCUUGGUGGAUCUGUGCACAGUCGGAGAGUUGCUAUGAGACUACGAGUGCUUCUCGAAGGGUCAGAUUACCCUUACAUGUCAGGUGUCCUUCCUCGGAGGUGUUCCUGGACUGAAAUGUAUGCAGUAGAUCCUAGUCUUGAGACACCAGGACCUUGUGUACUAUGAGAUUGUUAGAGAUCUCUAAGACUUUUUCGCUGAUUGUUCUUACUUUUGUUCCUUUGUUAUGUUAGUCUAAACGUAAGCUUGCUUUCUCAAAAUUGUUUUGAAGUUGUAAGCUGAAAGGUUUAGUGUUUUCCUCAUCCACUUAAAAAAGCAGUCGCUUUAUGCACUUUGUUAAUGUUGUCCAUAGACAUUCAUAGAAUGAAAAAAAGAAAAGAAAAUCCAAAAAGAUGUAAAAAGAGUACAAUUUUAAGUUGUGGGUCUUGUAUAUAAUAUUUGGUCAGUUAUACCAUAUUGGUAAUAGUGUAAGAUAGGAAGUUUUAUUGAGAAUUGUAAAUAAAAGAAAUACGUUUUAUAUUGCAAAAA